AUGCCGAUGAUGCUUCAGCAGUCGGAUGGCUUCUCGCAGCAAGAAAUGCAAGAAAUCAAGGCCACCUUCAAGAAGUUCGAUGAGGACACCAGCGGCGACAUCGACGUCUGCGAGCUCGCGGAGAUGUUGCGGUUCCAGGGCCACGCGGCCUCCAUCGACGAGGUGCGUCGCUUGCAUGCGCGGGUGGACUUCAACGGCAGCGGCGCAUUGGACCUCGCGGAGUUCGUGCGCUUCAUGCGACUCCACCGAGAGGAGCUGCUGGAGUCUGUGAGGGAGGCCUACGAUGCAUUGAAAGACUCCAGCACUGAUCGUUUGGGUCCUGAGCGCCUGCUGUUGGCCAUCAACAAGCUCGAGUUCGCCCGCGAGGAUCGGAGGAUAGACGUGGAGCCCUACAUGCCCACCGUGCCACAAGACUUUGAUGGCUUUGUCACCAUCUGCGACCGGGUGCGGGAGGCCCAGGUGGCGGUGGACCGAAAGCGUGCGGGCUUCUCGGACAAGGAGAUCGAGCACUACUGGGCACUUUUCACUUCCUACGACAUGAAGAAGACGGGUGUGCUCUCCAUGGAGGAGUGCACCAAUUUGCUGAGCAAUCUCAGUUUUCACGUGCGCACCGUAGAGGAGCAGCAAGAGCUGAAGCAGAUGCUGCACCAGGCCAAGACUCUGGCCGAAAAAGCGGGAGCUGACGUGUGCCAGGAAUCUGGCAGCGUCAGCUUCUACGUCCUGCUGCAACUGCUUCAGGCGCUCUUCGUGAACCACGAGCGGGAGCAAGAAGCCCAGCUCGUGCAGGUGGCAGACGAAGCUGGGUUCACCAUGAGCGAGGUCACUGAGUUCAACGACAUUUUCAACCAGUAUUGGCUCAACGAGCUGGAACCAGGGGAGGCGGACGACCCCACCAACCGCCUCCGGAAGAAGACGGUCUCCAGGAGCUCGGUGUACAAGUUGCUGCGGGCUAUGGGGAUCCGACUGGACCACCACUCCAAGGAGCAGGUGGACCGGCAAGUCCAUCACUACAGUGGGGACCGUUGCAGCUUCAAUGGCUUCCUGAAGCUCAUGCGCUGGAUGGUGGAAGUGAACUUUGCGUCGAUCAACUCCGUGGCGCAUGCCUUCAUGCGCCUCUGGUUUCUGCUGCCGCUGGGCACUUGUGCCUGCAGCCGUUGGUGGCGACGGAAGCAUGAUGGAUUGGUGCUGCAGGCAGGCGUUUGCCCCUGGGAUGCGGGCGGCUCUCUGUGGGGCGAGCUGCAGGUGCCUGGCCAAGACGCGUCGGAGUUUGGAAAGAUCAGCCGCGACAGCAUCACCGUGGAACUGCAAAGAGGCCAAAGCAGUUUCUACGAGUUGGCGGAGCUUGCGGGCGAGGAAGUCGCGAUGCUUUUCGCGGCGAACGGCCGGAGGUGUGAGAAGCCGAAGCCGACCAGGAAAGUGGUGUGCACGCCUUUUGCCCCGCAGGCCGACUUGAGCGGCUUGUCCAACCAGAUCGGGGAAAAGUUCUGCGAUCAUCCCGAGGCCAAAGAAGCCCGGGCCUUGUUUUGCCGCUACCCUCCCCGCUUCUAUGGCCAUGCGGGGAUCUGCAAGAUGCACGCCCAGUUCUGUCCUUUCGAGGAGUUGCAGGAUGAGAGGGAUGCCGAAGUGAUCGAGACGGCGGUGGUAAAUAUUGACUCCGACACCUUCUACUCCAUGGAGGAGUGCGGGGUGUUCCAGAAGGAGCUUUGGAUAUUCAAGGUCUUUGUGCAUUGGUGCCCCCACUGCCAGCAGCUCAUGCCGCAGCUGUACCGCCUGGCGCUACUGCUGCGCCGAGCCAAGACACGUCUUCGCUUCGGCGCUGUGAAUUGCGCCAGCGAGGAGAAGCUUUGCGCAGAGCAACGCUGGCCUGGGCACCCGCUGCUGGUGGCGAGGUACUUGGGCAGUGACCUCGUCGUGCACCAGGCGGUGGAGCAUUGGGUGGAGGCUGUGAAGGAUGCCCAGCUACGGCAGAUGCUGCCGCGGUAUGCUCUGCCCGGGGAGUUCCCGGUCUUGAAGCUUUUGCUGGAGCAGCUUCCGGAGAGCUUCGCACCACCUGAGAUAUGGUCACCUCUGUUCGAGACGGAGACAUCGCAGUCUGGCGCCUGCCCCAAUCUCACAGCCUUGCACCCAGAGCAUCCUGAGGACCUAGAGGCCGCGGGCAAUGGCUGGCACGACGUGGAGAGAAACUUCACCGCACGCAGGCGCUGGGGAGAUGCGCUGCUCAUGCUGCGACACAUCUUUCAGGAGUGGAUCGUUCCUCUCGGGGACGAUGGCAAUGUAGAGGCCUUCUCUUAUGAGCAGCUGCGGGUGGUCGAGGCAUGGGUCGCCCUUCUUGUCAACAACCUGCCAGCUGCAUUUGGUAUCCACGAGGCCCUCCACAGCCUGCGCCGACAGCUCUCCUCGCGCCUUCGGGCGGCCCAAACGCUCCAGGGCGCCUGGCUGUGCGCAGACGAGUGGAAGGCUAUGCGCAGCGAGCUGCUGACGAGCAUCGUGGAGGUGGGGCAGCGCAGCUUCGUUGAGGAGCCGUCCACGUGCGCCACGGAGACCUGUCGCCUCUGGGCCUUGCUCCACGUCUUGGCCUCGGAGGGCUUGAGAUCGGCUCGGCCGGAGGCGCCGGAGCCGCUGCUGCGUGGAAUCCACGGCUUCUUGGAGCAGUUCUUCAAGUGCCACUACUGCCGCCGGCAUUUCCUGGUGACCUUCCAGCAAGGCGCCUACGGGCGAGACCUGGCCUUCCAGUCCCCACAGGAGCUGGUGCUUUACCUUUGGCGCUUCCACAACGCCGUCUCCGUCCGAAUUCUGAACGAGCAUGGCUGCCGCGCCGAUCGCCGCUGGCCGCCGGUUUCUUUGUGCCCGGCCUGCUGGGAGGAAAGCGAGGAGGACUGGGAGGUGACGGCCGGGACCUGGCGGCUCCGGCCCAAAGAGCCGGCGGUGCUGGAGUUCCUGCAGCGCAGCGCCAAGCGCGGGAGCUUCCCCGUGCUGGUCCCCAAGGGCAACUCGCUGGUGCUUGACCUGCGAUGGAAGCAAGAAGAGCUGAUCGACAGCUUGGAUGACGAGCUCUACUUCGAAAUGGUACGCUGGGCCGAAGAGAAGCCAUCUGCCCGCUACAUUACUGUUGAUGUCAGCGGCAUGGGCAUUGAUGCUGGCGCCAUGGAACUGCUGGUGAGUUUCUUGAGGCGCUUGCAUCAGGCCACCCCACCAACGCACGUGCGGAGUUUGCGCUGCUACGACAAUUGGCUGGGGGACGAGGGCGCGAAGCCCAUCGCACAGCUGAUUUGCCACCAGCCGCGGCCGCUCAUGGAGCUUCACCUAAGCGGCACCGGGAUGACCGAGUUGGGCAUCGCCACGGUGGUGCUGUCCUUUUGCUCCAUGCCCGAGGUGUACCCCUUCCAGAACCGAGGCCACUGGACAGGCUGCUGGCUCCGCCUGGAGAACAACCAAGUCACUGCGCCUGAUACGCUCCUCACCGCCCUCCGCGCUACAAAGCUCGACGGGCCUUCCGCACGCGUGAUGAGCUUGACCCGGCUGGAGCAAGAAUGGAGCCGCGACAAGAGCCCAGACUGGGCGACGUCUGCGGAGGUGACGCCGCAGGUGCUGUUGUAUUUACUUCACGAGUCAGCCUAUCCGGGCACGCCCAAGGAGAACGCCCCCGCCAAGAUGUGGGCGCGGCAGGCGGUUUCCCAGGCGCUGGAAGCUUUGAAAGGCGGGCCAGACGAGCAAUCGCCUCCUCCAGUGGUGGUGGCACGAUGGACGGCAACGCAGACGCAGACGCAGCCUGCCGAAAGCACGAGGAGGCCCAUUCCGGCAACGUCCAGGGUGAAGUGGGUACCGAAAGUGCCGACGGCCGACGGCACCGCGCCCAAAGCGGGCGAGGCUUCAAACCCGGCAGCCGCGCUUCCGGCGGCGAAGCAGCCGUCGGAAGCGGAGCCGCAGGCGGGCGAAGCGGAAGCGGCGGCGAAGCCGGGCGCGGUGAAGGCCAGGGUGGGCGACGCAGCCAAGGCAGCAAUCGCAAGGGCUCUGGCGGCUGAAAGGGUAAGUUCCGAGAAGCCCAAGUCGCCGGCCAAGGCGAAAGCUAAGGCGGCAUUGCCAUCCAAGGCUUCCUCAGGUUCGGCAUGGGUGGUGGUCGGCAAAAAUCCGCCAGCUCAGACUGACAGGGCCUCAGUGGGUAGGCCAUGCGGGGCAUCGGCAGCUCAAGCGCCAGCCUCCGCGAAGCCGGCGCCCAACGGGGAGGCGCCGUUCCCCGCGGCGGAAAUGUCCAGCAGGCCACCUGAGGAGCUGCAGGACUUCUCCUCCAGUAGCAAGGAGGGCAAGGAGAUGAAUUCGGGGUUCGAACCCCAAGCUCUUCAGGAGCAACCGCCGAAAGAGGCCACGGAAAUUGUGCAGCGGGACACAUCGGCGGAACCGGAACGGAGGUGCGCUCAAUGUGAGCUCAAGACGCGGCUGGGCAUGGUACCUUUGCACCAGGCGCUGCUGGACAAUUGGCAGAGCGGCCUCACAGUGGCCCUGGUCAGCGUGCCCCUGUCCAUCUCCCUGGGCAUCGCAUCGGUUGCUGGAGGGGACCCCAGCGCCCCUUUGAUGGGCGUUGCCACGGCCUUCUGGGGCGGGCUCUGUGCUUCGAUGUUCAGCUCCAGCGACUUCAACAUCAUCGGCCCGGCAGGCGCUCUUAGCGGCAUGCUCCAUGCGGCCACCAUCAAGUUCGGAAGCACGCAGGUGCUCCCGUACUUGUCUAUGGUGUCGGCAGCCAUCAUCCUCGUAAUUUAUCUCCUCGGCUUUCAACGCUACCUCCUGCUGAUGCCCACCGCAGUCUUUGAAGGCUUCACCUUGGCAGUGGCCAUUAUCAUCGGCUGCGGUCAGCUGGAAAUGGCCUUGAACCUCACCCCGGACGGCCCGAAGUCCGAGCACUUCCACGAGAACCUGGUCCGAUCCUUGGAGGCCCUGCACGGCUACAGCUUCGCCCCGGCGCUGCUCUUCUUCCUGGUCACCGGGCUGCUGCUGGUGUUGGUGAAGUAUUGCAGCAAGUGCAAGGGGAGACCCAUCCCUUGGACUGUGCUGCUGCCGGUGUUCACGAUCUUGCUGGGCUAUUUGUCCGACACUGGCAGGCUGGGGGGCAUUAUCCUGCCCACGCUGAAGGACAAGUAUGGGACGUUGCAGGCGCGCAUCGUUGCACCUCCUACAGAGCCGCUGUCUAACUUUCCAACCUUUGACUUGCUUCGCACAGCCUUUGGAGUAGCCUUUGUUGCUGUCCUGGAGACGCUGAUCUCGGCAAAGAUUGCAGAGCAGAGGAUGAAUUACCCCUUCAACAGCGCUCGGGAGACGCUGGGCUUGGUGGUAUGUCAUGCAGUGUGCGGCGCCGUAGGUGCUUUGCCACCAACUGGCGUCUUUGUACGCACCUCACUGAAUGUGCAGCUAGGAGCUACCCAUCGGGUCUCACAGAUGAUGAAUGCCAUCGCGGUGCUUUUGAUCUUCGCGGUGGCCAUGCCUGUGUUCUCCUACCUCCCGCAGGCCGCCGUGGCAGCACUGCUGGUCUUCGCCUCCAUCAAGAUGGCGCCCAUCAGCUACAUCGCCAUGCUUUGGCGCAACGAUCGCAGGAGCUGCUUCCUGCUGGUGAUGACCACCUCCAUCUGCGUCUUUUUGGACCCGGUCUACGGGCUCAUCGUGGGCAUGGUGGUAGCGCUGCUGCGGGACGCUGCGGAGACGGCGCGGGCGGAGAGCCGGGUGACCUUGGACAAGGCGGUGGCUGAGGUCAGCGAGACGGGGACCCCGCUCAGUCAGCUCACCGGACCCCUCUCCAAGUGGGCUACAGCUGGUUUCGACCACGGGGCCAACCUGGCGGUGGAACCGGCGCCCCUGAAGUCACUGAAGCGGGUGCUGUGGCGCUUCGCCUGCGGCAAGCCUGCCAAGCAGCAUGACAACGAGCUUCACAAGCAUGACUUCGAGAGCGUGGUGCUGUAUGAGCCCAUGGGCUCCAUGACGUUCCUGUGCGCCAGCAAGCACCUCUCCCGGCUGCAGGCCCUGGCCAGCAAGCAGCCUCAUGGCAUCAUCAUCUCCUUGGAGCACGUGACGCGUAUCGACAUCGAUGGAUCGCAGCACUUGGCCAAGGCCGCUGCGGAGCUCCAGGGCUUAGGCUGCAAGCUGGCGGUGGUGGCGCCCGACUUCCUGCUGCAAGGCCCGGUGCUGAAGAAAGCAGCUUGGGUGCAGGAGCUGCAAGCAGAAGGCCAACUCUUCGGGACGUUGGCAGCUGCCAGGGCGGAGCUGGCUGAGAUGUCAGACUCGGUGUGA